AUGUGGAAGUGCCAUAAAUGUGGAAAGCCACAUAAAGGUGUACCAUAUUGUCAUGUACCAUGUUAUGGAGCUCUUUUUGGACCACAGUUAUUUGGUCAUGGAACAAGGGUUGAAUCACAUACAAGCUUUGGAAAAAAAGAAGCUAGGCCAUCAUUACCUAGAUCACACUUAGAAUCAAAAUUGAAAGUUUUCAAUCAGUAUUAUGAAGGAAAAAGUGGUGGAAUAAGAAGUCGCGAGGUUAAUGGAAGAUUAAUUUUGGAAGGAGCGCUUCGAAUUUAUUGGGGUGUUCGGGGUGUAAUUCACUUAAAAGAAGACGAUGAUCAACGUACAGUAGUGACGGCCCGAAACAGAAAUUCAUGCAGGCGUAGUGUUACCGAUAGCAUAGAAGAUGAGGUAAAAGAGGAUAAUACAGUAAAGGAAACAUGUGAACAAGAUGUAGAAGCUGAAGCAAAAUCAAUUCCAACAUCUCCUGAUCAUCUUAAGAGUCUCACUUUACCAAUGAAACUAGAUGUUAAGACCAUGGAAUGGGAUGAAUUGGACGAGCUUCUUCAGGUUGAACGUAAAGUUGAAGAUGGAAAUAAACUAUACCAAACAAUGCCUGAAAAUCUGCCAUCAAUAAGUUCGCAAUCCAGUACCGAUACGCUGCCGCUUUCUUCUCAAUCCAGUCUUGACAGAUCUGAUUCUCGUGAAAAUUCAGAAACUAGUAGUCCUAAUCAUCAAACCAAUCGUGGCAACGAUAGCAGUGUAACUAGUACACCAACACACAGUAUAGGCAGCUCCUCUAGCACUGACACACCUAUUUAUCAUGGUACACCAAAUCGAAAUGGAACACUUCGAAGAGUGGAAUAUUUCGAUAGUUUGGAGAAAAAUAUGUCUAGCAGUAGAACCAUUAGCACCGAUGACAGUUGGAUAGAGAAAGGCUUAAAUCGAUCAAUGUCCGGACCUGACUGUCUCCAAAGACAUCGAACUGAUAGCGACACAGAUUCUGUAAAUUCUCUACAGUUCCGAGAAGACGACAACAUGACAAUGUCUACCGAUAGUGGAUUAGAGCUGGAUGGUGUAGUUCUACGACGAAAACAAGGGUCCACUGCAAUUAGACGUCGUCCUGGUGGUCGACGACAAUCACGUAGUCGAUUGCGGCGUCGUUGUUCGAUUAACGGACACUUUUAUAAUCGUGAAACUAGUUUUUUCACACCUCCGCAUGGAUCUCAGAUGUCCGUUUGGAUAACAAGCUUGGUAAAUACUCAAGAAGUUAUCAAUCUCAUGUUGGACAAGUAUAAAGUUGAUGCUAAGUCGGACAAUUUUGCGUUGUUUGUCGUUCGUGAUAAUGGCGAGCAAAGAAGAUUAAGAGAUGAUGAAUAUCCAUUAGAAGUUCGAGUAGUAUUGGGUCCGCACGAGAACAUUGCGCGACUCUUUUUAGUGGAUAAACUAUCGACACCGGAGAUUAGCUCUGACGUUGCGCAAUUCCUUAAUCUUUCUUUGGUAGAAUGUCACGGUAUUUUGCAGCGUUAUCAUUAUGAGGAGGAGCGCCAGAUUCUUCUGUUGAAAGAAAAAUAUAAGGAGAUGCGACGAAGAAUACGGCAAAGAAUGGAAGAGUUAAAGGUUCGACUGUAG